CAGCUGAUUUCGUGUACAAUGGCUUUCGUUGUGCACUUCAAGUGAUACUUGACACACAGUCUCACAGGCACUGGUUUUAAAACUUUCUCAGUAGCAUUAUCACGUAUAAGUAUCAGCCUUUAUCGACGCGAUUGUCAGGGAGUCAUUUUUAUACGUGCACCUAGUCCAAGUUAUGCGUCUCAAAUAAUCGCGCUUCGCAAUUUAUAAAAGCAGCCUCUGGCUGCAGGCUCUCACGAAAGUCGCCCAAUUUUUCACAUUCAUUCUUCAUGCUACAAAGGAAACAGUCGCCAUUUAACCCCCCUAUUAAUCACCUACCUGUAUAUAGUUUAUUGUUGGUUUUUUCGUUCAGGACUGGAUGGUUAAAAUGAAUAUCAUAGACGAGUCCAAGAUAAAACAAUUUCUAGCUCAAUAUCAUAAUCCAGAUAUUACACGUAAAGAUGUUAUCCGAGUACUGAACCACUAUCGUAGUUUACAUUGGAAAAUAGAACCUUUCGUGUUCAACGAUGGGACUCGUAAGGAACUUAUUAAUUUACAAGGAACUAUUCCUGUGAAUUUUAAAGGCAAUACUUAUCAUAUUCCAAUAUGUAUAUGGGUUAUGGAUACGCAUCCAAACAAUGCUCCAAUGUGUUAUGUUACACCAACACCAGAUAUGAAUAUAAAAGUUGGCAAUUUUGUUGAUCACAAUGGUAAAAUUUACUUGCCAUACUUGCAUGAAUGGAUUCCACAUAAAUCAGAUUUACAUAGCUUGAUUCAGGUUAUGAUUAUUAUUUUUGGUGAACAUCCACCCGUUUAUGCAAAACCAAAAACUGAACCUGUUCUACCUCAUAACCUUAUGAAUUCAACGCCUUAUCCAAAACAACCCAUCAUGCCCUCAAUGCCAAUGAUGCCACAAGGGGGAUUCCCACAGGCCUCACACAUGAUGCCUAACAUAUACCCUCCUCCAAACGAGGCUCCGUAUCCACAUUAUCAAUUUUCAGGUUCGACUCCGAAUUACCCAAUGCCUGGAUAUACUGGGCCUUACCCACCAUACCCAGCAGCAGCAUCACCAGCUGUACCUGCAAGUUCGAGUGGUGGUACUGGAACAAUAACAGAAGAGCAUAUAAGAGCAUCCCUCUUGUCAGCCAUAGGAGAUAAAUUACGACGCCGACUACGUGAACAAUCUUCUCAACUGCAUGCAGAGCUUGAAACAUUACGUCGCACUCAACAAGAAUUAUCAAGUGGAUCGGCUCGUUUAACAGAACUGUUUACCAAGUUCCAAAAAGAAAAAUCAGAGCUUGAGAAGAAUAUAAAAAUCCUGCAGGACAAGGAAUCAGAAUUAGAAAAGGAAAUAGAAAAACUUGCUGAUAAUCAAUCUAUUGAGGUUGAUGAAGCUGUUACUACAGUCGCUCCGUUAUACAAGCAAAUGCUGAAUGCUUUUGUGGAGGAAGCUGCUAUUGAGGAUGCAAUUUAUUAUCUUGCUGAGGGAUUGCGAAGCAGUAUAAUUGACUUGGAUGCUUUUCUCAAACAAGUCAGGCAACUAUCGAGAAGACAAUUCAUGCUCAGGGCACUCAUGUCGCUUUGUCGGCAGAAAGCUGGAUUAGCAAGUUAAAAAAAUGUUCUUCUUUCACAAUAUCAUAUUUUAUUUUUAAAAAUGUAUUUAGUGCAACAAAAAUGACUCUUAUGUAUCUAUAAGCUAUAAAUAAAAAUAAUGAAUGUUUUGAG